CUGUUACGCCUCGUGCUCAGUGUGCUCUGACUUACCUCUCGGCUGGGAGUAAACCCAACAGUUCGUUCUCCCCAGCAGCCGUCUAAUGUCUCCCAGGUUAACCGAGAGGUAACGAACACUUUUUGAAGUAAAACGGACCGCAAGAUCUGGACCUGCUGUCAAGAAGGAGAAACUGCCAUUCCGUGAGUAUCACAAUCGAUCCACGAAGAAGAAACUGAACUGUAAGUCCAGAUAUUUCCUCUUUAUGCUUGGGCAUUAGUUGGAUGUGGUUGGAACGGUGUGUAGGUUUAUUAUUCUUUAUUUUAGGGUUAGGUUUUAAUGAUUAGUUGUGAAUGCUGUCUCAUUAGAAUUUGUUCAGUGGAGGUUCUCAGUGAGUUUUGUUGAAUAGUAAGAAAUAGGGUUUCUCAGAGUACAGCCAAAACAUACUCCACGGUUGUGUUCAGAUUUUCGUUCAGCCCACUUCGCCUUCACUUUCCAUCUAAUAUCCCAUGCGUUUUGUCAUACUGACGAGGGUGUGGUUUGAGUGAUCAGAGAUUCAUGCUAUGGUCCCGCGUUGUCUGAAGCCUUCAGCUCUGUAGACGUGCCCCCUCAGGAGAAACCAAGUGUUAAAGAGGCCGUUGUGACAUCGGUUACAAGAACUGGAACGUCAUUUAAGAUGGUGACAGGGUCUCGGCUACGGAUAAACGCCCGGGGGUAGAUGUGCGGGCUCUUCCUCAUCAACUUGAACACAAUCUUGGUCUUGCACCAGAAAACCAUAAAUCCCCUUUCACCAUUCCCCUCCCUCAUACAUCUUGAAGCCGUAGAGAGGGCACAACUGCAGUUACGAAAAGGGUCUGUGUUGGGAUCUUACCGGGAUGGUGUCUGAUCUGAGUGGACCCAGCUUCCAGGGCCAGCUGGCCUCGUCCACCACUCUACAGUUCAACCUGAGGAAGGCCUGCCUCUGAGCCAGUAGAGGCCUCAUCGGCCUGCUGCUCAGAUGGGACGACGAGGAUCGUGCUAUGAAAGACCUACCACCCCAACGCUUCUCUGUUCACGACCCAGCACCCCAACGCUUCUCUGUUCAGGACUACGCACCCCAACGGUUCUCUGUUCAAGACCAAGCACCCCAACGGUUCUCUGUUCAAGACCAAGCACCCCAACGCUUCUCUGUUCACGGCCCUGCUCCCCAACACUGCUCUGUUCAAGGCCCUGCUCCCCAACACUGCUCUGUUCAAGGCCCUGCUCCCCAACACUGCUCUGUUCAGGCCCUGCUCCCCAACACUGCUCUGUUCAGGCCCUGCUCCCCAACACUGCUCUGUUCAAGACCAAGCACCCCAACACUGCUCUGUUCAAGACCAAGCACCCCAACACUGCUCUGUUCAAGACCAAGCACCCCAACACUGCUCUGUUCAAGACCAAGCACCCCAACACUGCUCUGUUCAAGGCCCUGCUCCCCAACACUGCUCUGUUCAAGGCCAAGCACCCCAACACUGCUCUGUUCAAGACCAAGCACCCCAACACUGCUCUGUUCAAGACCAAGCACCCCAACACUGCUGCUCUGUUCAAGACCAAGCACCCCAACACUGCUGCUCUGUUCAAGGCCCUGCUCCCCAACACUGCUCUGUUCAAUGCCCUGCUCCCCAACACUGGGUUCACCUUCUCACCACUUCCAUCAAAUCCUGUCCUCAGGCUCAUCAAAGCGGCAGAGUGGACAUCUGAAGGAUACUCAUUGAGGAAACCAUUGACUGCCAGGACGUCACUUCAGGGACAUGAGUCAACCUUGUUUAUAAUUUGUACACACCCAGCACAACCAAUGACUGACCGUGGUCAGUACUGUAUGUUCACUGUUGGAAGUGUUCAAGAAUAUUGGACAAACGUAGAAUUGACGACUAGUUCAACCUAGCAUAGUAAUUCAUGUGUGGGCGAGGCCAGGAUUCUUCAGGUGGCCAGGGUUCUACCUUGCCUGGGGUUCUUCAUGUGGGUGUGGUCCGGGUUUUAGCUGGCCUGUGGUUCUUCAUGUGGUCAGGGUUCUACCUGAUUGAUCUCCACAUGGUCCGGGUUCUACCUGGUUGUUCUCCACAUGGUCCGUGUUCUACCUGGUUGUUCUCCACAUGGUCCGGGUUCUACCUGAUUGAUCUCCACAUGGUCCGGGUUCUACCUGGUUGUUCUCCACUUGGUCAGGGUCCUACCUGGUUGUUCUCCACAUGGUCAGGGUUUUACCUGGUUCUCCACAUGGUCAGGGUUUUACCUGGUUCUCCACAUGGUCAGGGUUCUACCUGGUGGUUCUCCACAUGGUCAGGGUUCUACCUGGUUGUUCUUCACAUCUUCAGGGUUCGCCCUAGCCUGGGGGUCUUCAGGUGGACAGGGUUCGAUCUGGCCUGGGGGUCUUCAUGUGGACAGUGUUCUACCUGGCCUGGUUGUUCUUGAGGUGGUCAGGGUUCGACCUGGCCUGGGGGUCUUCAGGUGGACAGGGUUCGACCUGGCCUGGGGGUCUUCGGGUGGUCAGUGUUCUACCUGGCCUGGUUGUUCUUGAGGUGGUCAGGGUUCGACCUGGCCUGGGGGUCUUCAGGUGGACGGGGUUUCGACCUGGCCUGGGGGUCUUCAGGUGGUCAGGGUUCGACCUGGCCUGGGGGACUUCAGCCGGGCAAGGCCGUCGUGUGACGUGGCAUUCUUGGUGUUCACACUCGCAUCACAAAAAAUGUAAAUGGUCAUUCAUGCUUCAAAGACUGCGACGUAGCUGCCCUUGCUACCCCGACAUGAUCGAUGGCUGGUAAGCCCUGUGGAUUGUAUCUUCUGGACUCCUGUGCUGGGAUGCAUGUCUUUCUUGGGCUGAAUUUUAAUGUAUUGGACGAUGCUAGCUGGACCUGGGAGAUGGUUCCCCUUUGAAUCAGAAACCAUCUUGGAAACAUCCCAACUAUGGUUCUCUUCAAGCUGCAGUUCUGCUCUUCUUCAGAUGAGGAGGUGAAGAAAUCCUCACUGGAGCUUCAAGAUCUUUGAAGAGGAAUAUUGAAAUGUGCACAAUGGUUCUCUCCCUUAAGCGCUGUGGUGUAUUCUAGUCGCUGAGAAGGAGCCCUCCCAUCCUACUCCCUGUCACUGUGUUGACGGAUGUUCCAGGUCACGUAACUGACGGGUGGGGGGCAUGUCUACAGAACGGUAGACUUUCGACAGCACUGUAUCCUAGCAUGCAUCGCUUGUCACACGGACCACACCCGGAUCAAUAUGGCGAUGCUCAUGUGAUAUGAAGCGAGGAAGUGGCCAAAAGAAAUGAGAUUAGUUUAUUUUGUACUAGCAUUGUUAAUUAGUUAAAUGUUAAUGUUAGCUGAAAUGUUUAGUCAAAAUGAUUUGUACAUAAACCAACGGCAACAAACUACCAGAUCGUCUAAGGUAAGUCUGUUGGCUGUAUUUACUACGAGACGACCAAAGAAUCACCAAGAUCUGCAUCGUCGUUCCGCAUCGUCGUUCCGCUCAAGGUGAGGUGCUGGUUACGUUACUUAUGGGUGGUUCAUACUGGAACGUUACGAUUCCAGUAUGACAGGGUUUGGGCUUACUGCGGAGGUUGGUAGUUGGCUUUGUGCAUGUUGUGGACCUCUAAGGCUGCAGUACUGCGUAUGGUGGAUGUUGAGUCACCUGGGAGGGCAACUGGCAGUACGAUUUGGAAUUUGCGAAACCUCAUCCGCACCUUAUUAUGGCGUCUGGCAGUAUGAUCCAUAUCGGCCUUUGCGUAAACCGCAUCACUAAUGAGCGUACCCAAUUAAAGUAAUUUGGCAGUUCCCCAUUGCUAUCGGUAACCAUCUGCGAUAUUUGGUAAAUUUAUUUUGCUCUAGGUACAGCACACUUAAAAGAACUAUGUUUAAAGUUAUCCCACAAAUACCGCACAACGACUUUGAUAAUUGUCCUCCAAAAGCGACUCGCAUUUUUGGCGUACACAUUUUCGGGUCGCGUAAAUGAUGCAGAGAUCGGCAUCUCCAUACUUCGGCUUUUUGGAUCUUCAACGACCCAGCAGCUGAAUGAGGCUUGGUAUCAUUUUACUAUCAUAAAUUACUAUUGAUAAUGCUAGUGCUUUAAAUACCUGGGCUGUAAUUGGCCCGGUUAUAUCCAACCAAAUGGAAGUUAAAUUACAGCUACAGAGCCGAGAUUGUAACUAGUUUUUCACGAGCUGAAUUUUGCUUCAGUGCUUUGGCUGAAUAACUUAACUCUUUAGUCUCCUAGACUUCAGAAACAAAAGGAAAGGUUCAAUGUAAACGUGCUUAAUUGCGUAAAAACAAAUGGCAUAGCUGUCCAGAUGAGUCAAGUAAAUGGUUGCAAAUGCUCAACGUUGUGAUGUUUGUAAACGGGUGAAUGUUGUGUUAACAGUGGGGAACUCCAGGCCUUGCUGUCUUGAAGCUGUAUGAUGCGCAAUAUGUCACUCCAACCCCACAGACCAUGAAUCCUUGGCUGAAGAGAGCUGUUGAAGAAACCAUGCAUCUGGAGGAAGACCUUGACUCUACCUGCCAACCAGUAGUACUGUAAGUUUGCAUGAACUGAACAUGGUGGACUUGAGGCGAAAUCACUGCUGUUUGUUCCAGUCCAGGACUCGGUGGUAGCGGGGAGCUGAUGGAGCCGUGCUGAGGACCUGCAGGUGAAGGACGUCCCUUGUGGGGGUAAUGACAAGACACUGAGAUGACGUAGAUGAAUCACCAGGAUCCGCUUAGAGGCUACGAUGUGACUGCUGAGCUUUCUGGAAGUCCCGGAGUCCAUGGAGGAGGAGAGCUGAUGGAGGAGCAGGGCAUCUGGAGAAGGACCAUGAAUCUACCUGCCAACUGGUAGUACUGGAAGGCAGGGCAGAGGCAGGUGAUGGGAGAUCCUACCUGGUGACGGAUCUCUGGGUGGGGCGAGUGACACCCGACUCCAGGGGACGACCACUGCGGAGAGGGCUGAAGGAGGAGCAUGCAUCUGGAAGACCAUGAAUCCUUGGCUGAAGAGAGCUGUUGAAGGAACCAUGCAUCUGGAGGAAGACCUUGACUCUACCUGCCAACCGGUAGUACUGUAAGUUUGCAUGAACUGAACAUGGUGGACUUGAGGCGAAAUCACUGCUGUUUGUUCCAGACCAGGACUCGGUGGUGGCGGGGAGCUGAUGGAGCCGUGCUGAGGACCUGCAGGUGAAGGACGUCCCUUGUGGGGGUAAUGACAAGACACUGAGAUGACGUAGAUGAAUCACCAGGAUCCGCUUGGAGGCUACGAUGUGACUGCUGAGCUUUCUGGAAGUCCCGGAGUCCUUGGCGGAGGAGAGCUGAUGGAGGAGCAGGGCAUCUGGAGAAGGACCAUGAAUCUACCUGCCAACCGGUAGUACUGGAAGGCAGGGCAGAGGCAGGUGAUGGGAGAUCCUACCUGGUGACGGAUCUCUGGGUGGGGCGAGUGACACCCGACUCCAGGGGACGACCACUGCGGAGAGGGAUGAAGGAGGAGCAUGCAUCUGGAAGGUGCAGUUGAAAUGCCGUGUUCAGUCUGGGGCAGACACACCUGAGCUGCAUCACAACUGUAACUCUGACCUGCUGGAGUCCUCCAGAGGUCAACAUCAGCGCCUCAUCACAGCUCCUCGCUGGCCUGUGAAUUAAUCUGCUCCACUCACAGCACGUCACCAGGUGCUGCACGUUGGGAUGCUCCCAAUGUGUUCCAUCGAGGGUUCCUUCCUCGAAACUGGGAGGGCCCCUUCCUCUCCACACUGGGAGGGUUCCUUGUCCUUCAAGGCGUCGGGGUUCAGUGUUAGGGACAGAGUUAGGGACAGAUGGUUGAGCUGGUUUCACGAUAUACGCUUUGUGUUCAAGGGUGGAUGGACAUCCGACAAAACACUUCCCCCAAAAUGUUUUAUUGUCCAAACGCUUUGUAAAAUGUAUACCAAUGUUUUUUUUA